GAAUUGUGAAUGAUUUUAUCUUAAUACAACAGUCCAAAUAUACGUGUUUGCAAGGUAUUCUUAUAAAUAUCAUUUUGCGCGUUUGAGAAACACCGAUCGUUCAAUAAUAAUAAUAAAAUAUGGUAUGAAUUGUAUUCAUCAUAACCUAGAAACUGCUCGAAACAAAUGAAAGAUGUACGGUGUUAGGAGGGUGUCCGUAGCUGGUAAACAUUUAGUCCAAUUAGAAAAUAAGAAUGUCAGGAGAUGCAAGAGGUAUUAUAGCGCACCGUUGGAUCAGACCGAGGUAGAGGUGCCGUUCAGCAACGGGAGGAACCUCCGGUUAUCGUCCGGCAGAUACGCCAAAUUGGCGGACGGAUGUGCCGUGGCGUCGCUAGGUGACACCGCAGUCAUGGUUACAGCAGUGUCGAAGACGAAACCGUCGACGAGCAACUUUCUGCCGCUCGUCGUGGACUACAGGCAGAAAUCGGCUGCGGCCGGUCGGAUACCAACGAAUUUCCUGAGGCGAGAAUUGGGCGCCAGCGAGAGGGAGAUUCUAUCGGCGAGACUGGUGGACAGGAGUCUGAGGCCGCUGUUCGCGAAGAACUUUUUCUACGAAACGCAGGUCGUCUGCAACAUGCUGGCGGUGGACAGCGCGAACAGUCCGGAUGUGCUAGCAAUCAAUGCGGCAUCCGCUGCUCUCGCUGUCAGCGACAUUCCGUGGAAUGGACCGGUGGGAGCGGUGCGAUUGGGUUUCAUCGACAACGAGGUCAUAGUGAAUCCGACGAGGAGGGAACUUCAGGAGUCGAUACUGAAUUUGAUUGUGACGGCGACCAAACAGAACCUGGUGGUGAUGUUGGAGGGUAGCGCGAAGAAUAUGCUACAGCAGGAUCUGCUGAAGGCGAUAAAAAUUGGCACAAAAGAAACGCAACACGUGAUACAGAGCAUAGAUAAACUGAGCAAAGCGUGCGGCAAGAAGAAGAGAGAGUUGGAGAUGGCGAAAGAGUUGUCGGGGGAGGUCGAGGAAGCGUUGAGGACGUUGGCGGGGAUGCGAGUGAGGGAGAUCUUCAUGAACUACACGCACGAUAAACUGAGCAGGGAUUACGCGCUGAACGAUGUGCGGACGGACGUGCUGGAGAAGAUCAGGGCGAACUAUCCGGAUACGGACGUGGCACUCGUCGCCGAAGGCCUCAACGAUCUGAUAAAGAAGGUGUUCAGGGAUCUGGUGUUCGAGGAGAACGUCCGAUGCGACGGACGGACGUUCGACGAGCUGCGCAACAUCUCGUGUCAGGUGAACAUGUACAAACCGUUGCACGGGAGCGCCGUCUUUCAGCGAGGUCAGACGCAGGUGUUUUGCACCGUCACCCUGGACUCGCAGCAGAGCGCGCUGAAGAUGGAUUCGAUGGCGAUGCUGACGGGUGACGGCGUCAAGGAGAAGAACUUUUUCCUGCACUACGAAUUUCCGCCGUUCGCGACGAAGGAGACGGGCAGAAUCGGACCGGCCGGUAGAAGAGAGCUCGGACACGGCGCCCUCGCUGAGCGCGGACUCAAUCCGAUCUUGCCGGAGAAUUAUCCGUUCACGGUGAGACUCACGUCCGAGGUGCUCGAAUCGAACGGUUCAAGUUCGAUGGCGUCGGUGUGCGGCGGCAGUUUGGCCCUGAUGGAUGCAGGCGUUCCAGUUUCAUCACCGGCGGCCGGCGUCGCCAUCGGACUAAUCUCGAGGUUCUCGGAAAACGAUACCAAGCACAUGGAGGACUAUCGGAUACUGACCGAUCUACUGGGUAUAGAAGACUACAUGGGAGAUAUGGACUUUAAGAUCGCCGGCACCAAGAAGGGAAUCACCGCACUGCAAGCGGAUAUCAAGAUUCCCGGAUUGCCGCUGAAGAUCGUGAUGGAAUCGAUACAGAAGGCGACCGAAGCCAAAGCCAAGAUAUUGGAUAUCAUGCAUGAUUGUAUCGAGAAGCCGAGGGUCGAAAAGAAAGAGAAUUUGCCGGUCAGUCAGAAGCUGGAAUUGGAGGUGCACAAGCGGUCCAAGCUGCUCGGCGUCGGUGGAAUCAAUCUGAAGAAACUCUUCCUGCAGACCGGCGUUCAGGUGAAUCAGAUAGACGAUACGACGUUCGAGAUAUUCGCACCGAAUCAGAGCGCUCUCGACGAGGCGAACGAGAUCAUCCAGAAAUGGCUGAACACGGAGAGAACGCCCGAAUUGGAGUUUGGCGGCAUCUACAGUGCAACGAUCGUCGAGAUACGCGAUAUCGGUGUGAUGGUCACUCUUUAUCCGGGCAUGCCGCCCGCGCUUCUGCACAACUCUCAACUGGAUCAGCGCAAGGUGGGGCAUCCUAGUGUUCUGGGUUUGGCGGUGGGCCAGGAGAUGCAGGUGAAGUACUUUGGACGCGAUCCAGUCUCCGGUUUGAUGCGACUGUCGAGGAAAGUUCUUCAGAGUGCGGCGCUCAGAUAAAGUUUGUACGAUGAACGUUAAUUAAUUCUUAAGAAAUUACAUUACACUCUCUUUUUUUGUUGCUGACGUUGUCUUCGUCUUCUUUCAAACUUGGUACACUUUUAUUUCCUCCCUCACAACGUUCACUAUGUAUUGUUUGUGUUUAUUUUUUCCGGUCGGUUAUUAAUCUAUAAUCGUUUCACGCAUACCAUACCAUCUACCACCACC